AUGACGCCUAUUCCGCACACCUCAUCGCCGCUAACCACGGGUUGGACGUUCAAGCAGGGCGACCGUUCCUCGACCAACGAGUACCUACCGGCCUGCGAUGCACCAACUGAAGUCUAUCGCGACUUACUCAAACACGACAAGAUCCCUGACCCCUUUCAUGACCUCAAUGAGCUAGCAGUGCGUUGGGUUGGCGAUGAGACAUGGACAUAUCGCACGACCUUUGCUGCGCCUUCUGAUUAUGGGAAGGCGAACGCGGCCACCACCCUUCGAUUUGAAGGUCUCGACACCUUUGCUUCCGUUUUUCUGAACGACGAGAUGAUUCUGGAGUCUGACAACAUGUUCGUCGAGCAUCAGAUCGACGUUUCAGGCAAGCUCCAGCUAGAGGAGAACGUACUGGAAAUCGUCUUCGAGUCAGCGCGCAAGAAGGGUCUCGAGUUGGUGGAACAACAUCCAGAACAUCGCUUCAUCGUGCACCAAACCGAGAUCUCGCGAGGGCCUGUUCGCAAAGCGCAGUAUCAUUGGGGGUGGGACUGGGGCCCUAUUCUCAUGACGUGUGGACCUUGGAAGCCAGUUUCGAUCGAGACGUGGGAAUGCCGCCUAUCAGCCCUGAAUGUGCAGUACAAACUGUCGCAAGACCUGAAGUCUGCGGAAUUGAAGAUGAGUGUCGAAUGGGAGGGUAAGACCACGGGCAUAUUGUUCAUGGUCUCAAAGGACGGAGAAGACAUUGACGGCAUGCGCACCACCAUCAAUGAUCGCAAGAGUCCCCUGGAAAGUACUAUCACCAUGGAUGAUAUCGAGCUCUGGUGGCCGCGAGGCUAUGGGCAACAAACUCUUUACACAAUUAGAGCAGAAGCCAUUGUGCAGGGUGUCCCGAAUCCCAUUCAUCUCAUAUCCAAGCAGUUUGGCUUCCGCCGCACUGAGUUGAUGAAAGAGCCAGACGCACACGGCACUUCUUUCUACUUCCGCAUCAACGAUAUCGACAUCUUUUGCGGAGGCUCGUGUUGGAUACCCGCCGACUCGUUUCUCACACGGCUCAAACCCAAUGACUACCGCGAUUGGGUGAAACUCGCAGCCGACGGCAAUCAAACCAUGCUGAGGAUUUGGGGAGGCGGUAUCUACGAAGCCGAUGCGCUAUACGAUGCCGCUGAUGAAUUUGGCGUGUUGAUAUGGCAAGACUUCAUGUUCGCAUGUGCCAACUACCCUACCUACCCCGAGUACUUGAAAAGUGUGGAGAUCGAAGCAAGACAGAAUGUUAUACGGCUGAGAAACCACCCCAGCCUAGUGGUGUGGGCAGGGAACAACGAGGACUACCAGAUCGUCGAGCGAUACAAACUACAGUACGAACCUGACGACAAGGAUCCGGAAUCCUGGCUCAAGACCGACUUCCCAGCCCGCUACAUCUACGAGCAUCUCCUGCCAAAGGUAGUUGCAGAAGAAUGUCCAAACAUACCCUACCACCCCAGCUCACCCUUCGGUGAUGGCAAGUCGACGGUCCUAGGAGUGGAUCCUACGAUCGGCGAUGUCCACCAGUGGAACAUGUGGCACGGUACCAUGGAGCCAUACCAACGCCUGCCACAGAUGGGCGGUCGCUUCGUAUCCGAAUUCGGAAUGGAGGCAUAUCCUCAUGUUUCUACACUUGAGAUGUGCAUCAACGAUCAGCACGACCUCCACCCUGGUUCGAUGGCCAUGGACUUCCGCAACAAAGCCAUCGGUCAUGAGCGACGUCUCAUCAGCUACGUGUCUGAGAACUUCCGGGUCCAGUACUUACUGAAAGGCUAUACACAUCUCACCCAGGUCAUGCAAGCAGAUGCGAUGUCGUGGGCUUACAAGUCCUGGCGCCGCCAAUGGGGGUCAGCCGGUGAUCGCAAGUGUGGCGGUGCGUUGGUGUGGCAGCUGAACGACUGUUGGCCAACGAUGUCGUGGGCUGUGGUGGACUACUACAAGGUGCCAAAGCCAGCGUACUAUGCUAUCAAGCGCGCCAUGCAGCCCAUCGCCAUUGGUGUACAGCGCAAGUACAACAGUUGGACUAUGCGGCCGGCUGACCGGCUGUGGCAGCGCGACACUGGGCAUAUCGAUAUGCACAAGCUGUGGCAGGACGUCGAAUACGACCUGUGGGUCUCUAACAGUGCGCUGAUGGAAGCCGAAGUGGAUGUUGCGAUACGUUACAUCUCAAUCGGCACAGGAAAGGACAUCAGCACUGAAGAGCGCAAAAACAUACGCAUUACGGCCAAUGAAACAACCGAGAUACUCACUGACCAUGUCGUCAAGGUCGAUGAUCCACAAGAGCCGGGUGGACCUUUUCGUACAUCGAGGGCCGACCCUUUCGUUAUCCACGUGUCGCUAUACAAGGAUGACAAGCUUCUCGCUAGCGACGUGUCCUGGCCAGAGCCCAUCAAGUAUCUCACUUUCGAGAAUCCAGGCGUACACGUCCGCUACUCGGAAGACAAGAAGACAGUGUUUGUUUCUUCUGCCAAGCCAGUCAAGGGCUUUGUGUUCGAAGAGAACACUGAACGCCGUCUGAGUGAUAACGGGUUUGACCUAGUACCCGGUGAAACGAAAGAGGUGCAAGUGGAAGGCCUGCCGGAGAACAUGCUGAAAUGGAGAUAUGUUGAGAUGUGA